AUGAAAAGGAUAUUCAAGCUAGAAAAGUAAAAUGAACAAUUGAAACAAGAAUUAUCGGUAAUAAGUAAUCAGGAUACCGCAGAACUAAACGAAUAAGACAAUAAACAGGAUCAUCAGCAAGCUUGCGAGCACAAUGAGUAUCAAGAUUACAGAUUUACCCCCCGAGAUGAUCGAACAAAUAUUUGGCCAUCUCCAGCAUCAUGAACGUCUUGUGGUAUCUUGUACGUGCAAAGCGUGGCGGAAACUAGUAUUCAGUCCCAAGUUUUGCAAACGUUUGUAUCUGCAUUUAAGGUCAGCAGACGAUAUAGUAUUGAAGCUUCGUGACGGAACGGUUUACGAACUUUGUCGCAAUGCUGUGAUUUCUUGUGAGAGUAUUCCGGAUGACCAUAAGAGUUCGUUGAAUAACUAUCUCCAAAAUGCUCCAUUGGAAUCGCUCAACAUCGUUACUGCGAAGGCAACUGCUAAAUGGAUUUUGGAACAUAAUCUGGCACAGAUGGAGAUGUUGGAAACAUUGCACCUGGAUCUGCGAGACUGUGACGGAGAAAUGUUACGAAUCAGUCAUCAAACUUUGAAAAAUGCCACUUUCAAAAGAAUGUGGACAAUUGAAAUCGAUUGUCCUAAUUUGAGUGCCAUAAAUUCCCAUCUGUCAGAUGAAAAAUGUGUGGACUUUAUCAAAAGUCUACGAGGACAGCUGCAAAGCCUGAUGCUAUUCAGUGAGGUCAAACAGGUCUACACAGCUCUUUCGGAUGUCGAAUGGGACAACUUAAGAGAACUGCAUAUGAAUAUCGUGCCUCGAGGAAACGACCUCGAAAUACUGCUGGAACGAAUGCCGUGUUUGAAAAAGUUGGUCUUACAUGACAACUAUACUCUUCCCGCAAUUGGAAAGGAAUUCAGAGCCGCUAAAUCUUUGUCCGAGCUUGUUUUGAUCAAAGUGAAUAUUAAUGCAGAAUUCAACAAAUCCUUGGAGCGGUUAACAUUGCUUGAAAGUCUCAUGUUAAUCAAUAUUAUAUUUACUCACGGAAAAGAACAAUGUUUAAAAUCAAGUAGCAUCAAGAGGUUAACGCUCUGUCAUAGACUACGUAAUCCACUGCCUCAAUUCCCAAAUUUAAAAAUCUUGAAUCUCCAAUGUGAAGAAUUUGAGCUAUGCGAUAUAUUGAAGGACCUGUGCAUUUACUAUCCAAAACUCGAACAGCUAAGUUUUGGUGUAGCCCCGGGAGAGAUUGGUGUGUUACAAACUGAAUCUGGGUACCGUGAAACCAAAUCACUUUCACAUCUGAAAAAAAUGGAAUUCCUGAAAACCGUUCAACUUAAUCGAAUAGCAACGGAGCUGCUGGAUUGGAGCACGUGUAAUGACAACAGAAUUGAAAGCCUUCGUUUGGAUGGUUGCAGUAUCGACGGUAAAACAGCUCAACAGUUGGUUCAAGUUUUCAAACAACUUCGACAGUUAUUCCUAGAUCAUUGCUAUCUACGUCAGCCUCGUACCGAUGUGUUCGAACUUGAUGAAAAUUGUACGUAUGGUUUACGAUCACAGCUUCCCGGAUGCACAAUUUCAUACUACGAUUGCCACAUAGAGGAAUUACAUGAUGCUUGUGGCGGUGGAGGAAAGGAUGUCAUCUAGUUCUAGAAUAAAUUUGUUAUCGUCAA